CAACAGCCAUGUGUGACGUAUUAUUUGUUUGCCGGAAGUGGCAAACGUAAGCGUUUCCGGAAGCGAGUCGAGUAUGGCAGGAGUAUUAAAGAAGACGACCGGUCUGGUGGGCCUUGCUGUGUGCCAGAACCCACAUGAGACUCUACAUAUUCUGUAUUCAAAAACCUUGGCAACUCUGCAGCGGAUGCCACAGGACGCUGCCUACAGAAAGUACACGGAGCCCCUGAUCAAUGAGCGCUUCAAUCACGUCCAAACGGAGCCAGAUAUUGAGAAGCUUGAGAAGAAACUGAACUGUGGUCAAAUUGAAGAAAUUGUUUUCCAGGCAAAGUGUGAGCUGGCCCUCUCCAGAAAGAUGUACCAAUGGAAAGUCUGGGAGCCACUGAUAGAGGAACCUCCUGCCAACCAGUGGAAGUGGCCAGUCUGAGUCUUCUUUUGUUGUGUAAAAAAAUGUAAACAUUUGACAAACUGAUAUCAUUAAACUUAUUAUAAAAA